CGCCGACGACACGAAGACGCGGGAACCCAGAGAUGUCAUGUGAACGUCUCGCUGGGCCCGCUAAAACGUUCGAUUGAUCGAAUUCAUAGAAGGAAGUUCCAGUGAGGAAAAUUCUGGACGAGUUCGAGUCCCGUACAUCUGAGAUGGCUACCCUCGGCCUCUCCAAAGUCUUCAUAUUGGACAAAUAUUUUACGGAACUGCAAAAGUUCUGGGAGACCGAAAAAAAGCUGCAAGAUGCUUCCUCAUCGAACGAAGCGGUGCACCUACAGCAGCGCCUGCGGAGUCUGAGCACGGAAUUGGUGACCCUGAGGAACCGGCUGCACGUAAGCCAACCGGCGAACGCGUCAGGGCCGGCGAGCGCCACUUCCGGGCCCCUAUCGAAGAGUUCGGAAAAAGGUGGUGCGCCCGCAUCACCCGCACCGGCGGUACCGCCAAGAACAACCCUGCCCCCCGGUGGUGCGGUAUCUCAUGGGAUCGGUCACCCUGCAGGUCACACAUUGACAGCUUCCGCGAUUGUCCAUCCACAUGUCAAUCACGCAGGCGCAAACGCGCUCAACCAUAACUCAACUGCAACGAAUAAUUUAAUAUCUGGUUCAGAGCUGGAUCCAUCAAAGCAGCGGCACAACGGGGUGUCCGAUGACGGGAUAGUAUCUUGCGUGACAGCGUUAGGGUGCCUUCGGUCGCCACCCAUCUCCAGCAUCAUCGCCGACGUGAAGAAUGCGAGGAGUAACCAGAGCCAGCAUCGAUGCCUCCCAAAAGUCACCGCGCCUUCAGCCGGCCCUGCAACCUCCACGGCCUUCGACGACCUCAUUCAUCUACCCGGACCUCUCACAGAAGACGCAGUGCUUAAGUGCCUUCAAGCUCGCUUCUGCGCCAAGCAGUAUCAUACAAACGUAGGUCCGAUAUUGGUCUGCGUGAACCCUUAUACGGAUGUCGGGAAUCCGUUAACCUUAACGAGCACCAGGUCGGUACCAUUAGCACCUCAGCUAAACAAGGUCGUGCAGGAAGCCGUGCGACAGCAAUCGGAGACCGGCUAUCCUCAGGCAAUUAUCCUUUCCGGGACAAGCGGUUCUGGAAAAACGUACGCCUCAAUGCUGUUACUCAGGCAACUCUUCGACGUGGCCGGCGGCGGACCGGAAACGGACGCUUUCAAACACCUAGCGGCAGCUUUCACGGUCCUUAGAUCCUUGGGCUCAGCGAAAACCGCCACAAACUCGGAGAGCUCAAGGAUAGGUCAUUUCAUUGAGGUUCAGGUGACGGAUGGUGCUUUGUACAGGACAAAAAUUCAUUGUUACUUCUUAGACCAAACGAGGGUGAUUAGACCGUUGUCAGACGAAAAGAACUAUCACAUCUUUUAUCAGAUGCUAGCUGGGCUGUCUCACGAUGAGAGAGUCAAGCUAAGUUUGGAGGGAUACAAUCUCAAAAAUUUGAGGUAUCUUCAACAUGGAGACACGCGGCAGGACGAAGCUGAGGACGCCGUUCGAUUUCAAGCGUGGAAAGCUUGUUUAGGUGUCCUGGGUAUUCCGUUUCUGGAUGUCGUAAGGGUGCUAGCAGCGGUGCUCAUCCUCGGAAACGUUGGUUUCACAGACGGUCCAGGCGUAGAAGUGGGCGUGCUCGGUGAGAACGAGUUAUCCUCCGUAGCUACACUCUUGGGAGUUCCGCCGCCAGCCUUGUUACGUGGACUCACCUCGAGGACUCACAACGCGCGCGGCCAGCUCGUUAAAUCCGUCUGCGACGCCAACAUGUCUAACAUGACCAGGGAUUCACUGGCAAAAGCACUCUAUUGCCGCACUGUAGCCACGAUAGUAAGACGCGCUAACAGCUUAAAGAGACUCGGUUCGACUCUCGGCACUCUCUCAUCGGAUUCCAACGAGUCCGUUCAUAAUCAAGCAGAAGUUACUAGCCAACAUGCUUCUACUAUUGGCAGUUCAGCAGGAGGAACAGGAUCCCGAAGCAUGACUGCCCUGAAUAACGCUGUGCGACACGCCACAGACGGUUUCAUCGGCAUCCUGGACAUGUUCGGGUUCGAGGACCCUAAGCCGAGUCAGCUGGAGCACCUCUGCAUCAACCUUUGCGCAGAGACCAUGCAACACUUCUACAACACUCACAUAUUCAAAAGCUCCAUCGAGAGUUGCCGCGACGAAGGUAUUCGAUGCGAUGUCGAAGUUGACUACGUUGACAACGUGCCAUGCAUUGAUCUCAUUUCUUCUCUGCGUACCGGAUUGUUGAGUAUGUUAGAUGUAGAAGGUUCUAUACACGGAACCGCAGAAAGUUACGUUUCAAAAGUGAAGGUACAGCAUAAGCAGAAUCCUCGACUAUUCGAGCCAAGGACCGUUGAUUGCAGAUCCUUCGGUAUUCAACACUUCGCAGGAAGAGUCACUUAUGAUGCUUCAGACUUCUUAGACACAAACAAGGAUGUUGUUCCCGACGACUUGGUGGCGGUCUUCUACAAGCAUACGUGCAGUUUCGGCUUCGCCACGCAUCUGUUCGGUAGCGAGCUGAAAGCGUUAUACGCGAGUGAUACCGUGCCGAGGGGCGUCAGUUUCCGGAUUUCGCCCACGUCUCACACCGAUCUUUUGAACGGAGACGAGCCGAUCUCGACGUUGACGCAGGACUUUCAUACAAGAUUAGAUAAUCUCCUGAGGACCUUGGUCCACGCUAGACCGCACUUCGUUAGAUGCAUCCGAAGCAACAGCACCGAGACGCCGAUGCACCUCGACAGGGGAGUUACGAUGCGCCAGAUACGCUCGCUACAAGUCCUGGAGACAGUGAAUCUUAUGGCGGGAGGAUACCCGCACAGGAUGAGAUUUAAAGCGUUCAACGCGAGGUACAGGCUGAUCGCGCCGUUUAAGCAACUGCGUCGCGCCGAGGAGCAAGCUGUCGAGGACACGAAAUUGAUUUUGCAGAACGCGCAGCAGCUGAAGAGUAAAUUCGGCGCCAGCACUAGCUGGGCUCUCGGAAAGCGGCACAUUUUUCUCAGUGAAGGUAUCAGGCAGCAGCUCGAAAAUCUACGAGCGGAAACACGGAGAAGAGCCGCCACCGUAAUACAGGCUAGAUGGAGAGGAUGGCGAGUGCGGAAAAGGUGGUCCCUGAGAAGAACAACCUUAGGAGUGACAUCCGGCAUUGGUCAGAAGAAAUCUCAACAACCACCUACUAGAGCCAAUACCGGAACUGUUCAGAGGAAUGUCACUGCUGGCACAGGAACUGGAACUGGCACGCGUCCAAGACCGCAACCAAUCGCCGGCACGCCACCUCCCGAUCCUUCCGAAAAAUGCGCCGAUCAGAAGAUGAUCCAACAAACUUGCACGCUUUUUGGACUAGAUCUGGAGCGACCGCCACCUGUCCCUCCCAGCAGAUCAUACACCGUGACCGGAAACACGAAACUUGGUUAUCCGCAAACCAGGAUUAUGAAAAUGCCUUUCCCAGAAGAGGGCGAAGGCGAAGUGGUGCUAUUAAAAGGAGAGACAGUUUUAGUCGUAGGUGCGUCACCUAGACGAGGCCAUCUUCUCGUAGAACAUAACAAUACUACGUUACAUGUGCCGUAUCAGUUCAUGGAGUUGAAACCUUGUAAUAUUAAUGUCUAACGAUAUAUAUAAUGAGACUAUUUAUUCACUAUCAUUCUUAUAAGAUUAUGAUGUUGUCUUCCCCAUUCAACUUUGGGGAAAAUUUACAUUUGAAAGUAAAUUUCCCCAUAAGAAGAAGAUAUUUGUACAAAACCAUUACAGAAAGAUAUUAAGAAGUAGAAUUGUAACAUUGCUAUUUCUGAUAUGGAUUGUAGUACUUUUAGAUUUAUUCUUUAGCGUUUCAAAAUUUAUUAACUCUCUAUGGACUAACAUGACAUUGAACAUAACAUUAUCAGCAAAACAACUUACAAAAUGGCUGUACAUAUCCGCUUACGUAUCAAUUAAUUUGUUCUUUGAAAAAGAAAUAAAAAUCAAAGAAUCAAACAGCAAAACAAAUUCUCGUAGUCUAUUUUCCACAAGUGAAUCUACUUUUGCCUUCAAAAAGAUAAAAUUUCGCCACGGAGGGUUGAUAAAGCAACAGGGUUGCUGAGCUCUUGCAGAAGUUCCACAUUGGAACUCAACGUUAUACUCUUUACGCGCGCGAGGUUGUCUUACAAGUCUCGAUCAUCUCCGUGUCGUCUCCCGUCUGCCAAUUAAUUGCCAUAAGACCGUCCUCAAGUACGCCGGGCAAAAGUUAGGGUAGGUGAUUAGUAUUAAGAGAGCGCCGGCGGCGUUACUCGCGGUAGAGUCAGCUCUAAAGGACAGUGAACUUCGUCCUCUAAUUAAUUACACCUGCCGUUAAACGAGCUUAACGCGGAAGUCACCGCGGCCGUGCUUAUCGCUCAUUUCAGACACGGUGCAUCCUAAACCACGUUCGUCUUCCAUAUAGAUAAAAUACCCGCGAAGAAGUCGGAGAUGCCUGAUAGCAGGAGCGUAAGCCAAAAAUGCAACGCUAAUUGGUUCAAGUGAAGUAAAAAUGUUUCGAGUUGACUGCGAUGUAAAUCGAGUGUGUACGAUUGAUAGGAGAUAAUUGAUCUUAAUAGGGAUAAAUCGAUAUUUGUGGUCAGCCGAGAUAUUUUUACGUGAACUAAUAAGAAUUUUCCAAAGUCCGUCAGACAGAUCAAUACUGAAUUGGUCUCCCCAGCGAUAUUUCUAGCACGAAUUGUAAUAACGCGAGUUUAAGUUUAAGAAGUUUAAGUGGAACUUUUUUCACAUUCUUAAUUAUUCGAAGCUAUUAUUCUAUCUAUGAUAUUCACAAAUGACCUCAAAAUAAAUGAGUUAUUACUCAAAAGAUAUUAUAUAAGCGUUGCUGAAGAUGACAAAUAUAUCGCGCACUUGAAAAAUGUUACGAAAGAUUGCGCAUUUAACUCAUAGUAGAAUACGCACACCAUGGGAGAGAACAUGAUUCUCUGACUGUAAUACUUCUCUUACCAACAGUAUUUGCUUGUUUAUCACGAACUCUUAGUAGUGAUUAGAGAACACUGCCACAAUAAUAUAUCUGUAUUAUAAGAUGUAUAAGAUUUAUAUAUAUUUUAUAAUUUCUGAAUUAUAUAUAUUGUAAUCAUAUAUAUAGAGAGAGAGAAGCGAGCACUGGACGUUAUCUACCAUAAGAGAUCCGCUUUGUAGAUAUACACGAUACCCGUUUUGCUGAUCGAUUCUGGAAGUCCGAGGGAAUGAAACAAAUCCACGUCAGAUAUUAAUUUUAACUUGUCAUAUUUCAGAUUUAGAUUUGAUCCCUGUUGCUCGGAAAAAUGCACGAAACUGUGUAUGUAUGUAUGUGUGUAGUCUGUGCAUGUGUAAGGAAUUUUAACGGAAAUGUAGUCUUAGAUAAUAGAAAGCAACGUAAUGCAUAUGUACAUAUAUAUAUAUGUACGGAUAAUUGUCAGCGCUAUGAAAUAUAAAGCGCGCACCUUUGAGAAAAGGGGCAAUCAUAGAAGCCGU